UCUAUAAGAAACAGGCAAUUACUUACUAGUAUGCGUUUAUGAGCUCCUGUUGCUUCGCUUGUCAUCGACUCAUCAAAGAGCCGACAUGGCCAUUAUUAACGAUGACCUGAAUAGUAGCACCAUGGACAGCACCACGAUAGACCCGACCACUGACGUUUCGCGUAUACCGCGAGCUCUGAAAGAUCUCUCGGAACUUAGCAGGACCAGUCACACUAUAGUGGCAGUAUGUCUCGGGAUCAUUUUUGUGCUUGGCUUCUUGGGCAACUUUUGUGUACUUCUUGUUUUUGCUCGUUUCCAGGUUCUUCGGACACCAAUCAAUCUCAUUCUCCUUAACAUUUGCGUAAGUGACAUGUUAGUAUGUAUUUUCGGCACUCCGUUCAGCUUUGCUGCUAGUAUCUACGGUAGAUGGCUCAUUGGACUUUCUGGCUGUAAAUGGUAUGGCUUUGCCAACGCACUCUUUGGGAUUGUUUCCCUCGUGUCUUUUGCCAUCUUGUCCUUGGAGCGCUAUUCAACCAUGCUCUGCUGCACAAAGGCAGAUGUCUCAGACUACCGGAAGGCCUGGCUGUCCAUCGGCGGCUGCUGGCUGUACUCCCUGGCGUGGACGCUGCCGCCGCUCUUUGGCUGGAGCAGCUAUGGCCCCGAGGGCCCGGGUACCACCUGCUCCGUGCAGUGGCACCAGCGUUCCCCCGGCAACGUUGCCUAUGUGACCUGCCUCUUUGUCUUCUGCCUGCUCCUGCCGCUGGUACUUAUGGUCUACUGUUAUGGCAAGAUCCUGAUGGCCAUCCGCGGGACAGCCCGGAUCAACCAGACAUCAUCCCAGCGGCGGGAGACCCAUGUUCUGCUCAUGGUACUGUCCAUGGUCUCCUGUUACCUGCUGUGUUGGAUGCCCUAUGGGGUGGUGGCAUUGCUGGCCACGUUCGGCAGGGUCGGUGCUAUUGGCCCCACAGCAAGCAUCAUCCCCUCCAUACUGGCCAAGUCCAGUACUGUGCUCAAUCCCAUCGUCUAUGUGCUUUUCAAUAACCAGUUCUACAGGUGUUUCAUGGCAUUUGUGCAGUGUGGUCCAGGCAGUCAGAGGCACAACUACCUGCACACUCUCCAGAGCAGCCCGGCCCUGGCAGGCCGCCCCAACUGCAUGGCCCUCAGCCCCCUGGGCGGCCUGUCCAGCACGGCCAACUCACCAGCCCGCCUGGAGGAGCCCACCGCCCACCGGCCAGCCAAAGAGCAGCAGCAGGGCCAGCUGCAGAGAGACCAGCAGUCCCUGGUCCUGGUGGUCCACUACACUCCAUAA